ACCACUAUUAAAAGGUAUCCCCUCCUGCAUCUCCUCUCAUGCUAGCUACUGAAUACAAUUUGCUUUUGUUUGUAGUUGUUUUUCUUUCUCUUUCUGUUCUUGUUCCUUAAACUCUUUGUUUAGAAAUUUCCUUAAAAGGGUUAAACAGAAGAAAAAAAAAUGGUGGCUGUGGUUGCCCAGGAAAAUGUUGUGGCAUUGGUUUCUCGUACCGGCAGAGAGUUGCAACGUUAUAGAAAAGGUCGUCGCCAAGUUGUGGGAUGCAUACCGUACAGAUUUAAGAUUGGGCAGAAAACUUCUUUGGACGUUUCUGAUGAAUUGGAAGUUCUGGUUAUCAGUUCUCAGAAGGGAAAAGGGAUGCUAUUUCCGAAGGGAGGCUGGGAAUUGGACGAAUCAAAAAAGGAGGCAGCUUUGAGAGAAACCAUGGAGGAAGCUGGGGUGAGAGGCAUUGUUGGGGGUAAAUUGGGUAAAUGGAGUUUCAAGAGUAAGACUCAUGACACUUUCUAUGAAGGCUACAUGUUCCCUUUACUUGUUGAAGAGCAAUUGGAGUUCUGGCCUGAGCAAAACGUUCGUCAAAGAGUAUGGAUGAGCGUCACCGAAGCAAGGGAUGUUUGUCAACACUGGUGGAUGAAGGAAGCUCUAGACAGAUUAGUAAACCGUCUUGCUGGUCAAAAAGUCGGUCGUGAUAAUAAGCAAGUUCUUGGUUCUAUGAACUGCACAAGAGAUGCCAAAUCUGACUUGUAAAUAGAGUAGUAGCAUCGUGAAGGGUAGAGUUCAACUUCUUUGAGUUUCGGCAUAAAGUUGUGUAGGAUCCAAAAGAAUUGAGCCGAGUCAUAGAAUAUAAAUAAUACAGUAGUAGUAGAUCGCAUAGAAAUUAGUGAUUCCCCAGUUCUUUUUUUUUUCAAAGAAAAGGAAUUUACAUCUGUUUGUGGGAAUUCACCUUAUCUGUAUUAUUGAGAGACUUGUGGAUAUCAAUUAGUCCACAAUCGAAUUGCUUUGUUUUUCAAGCAACAGAGUUGUGCUAAUGUCAAGCAACACAAUCGAUAAGGCUAUCUUGAAAAGAAGAAAAAAAAAUGAGAAGCUGCAACUUGUUUUCUCUUA